UUGAUUUUCAGAUUUCCAAUGGAAUUGGACGUUGAUGCUUCUGAAAGGUUUUUAAUGAAAAGGUUGGCAGGAAAAGUUGCACUGGUAACAGGAGGCGCAAGGGGAAUCGGAGCAGCCACGGCCAAAGUCUUUGCCCAACACGGAGCUCAUGUCGUCAUUGCUGACAUUUUAGACGAUCUUGGCACCAACUUAGCCCAUUCAAUCAACGGCCGCUACAUUCACUGCGAUGUUUCUGUCGAACCAGACGUUGAAUCUGCAAUCAACCUCGCCAUUACUUGGAAAGGAAAGCUCGACGUCAUCUUCAACAAUGCUGGGAUUUCUGGUUCCGAUGGAAGCACAACCGCCAUAGAUAUGGAACAAGUGAAACGGGUAAUUUCAGUGAACUUAAACGGCAUCAUUCAUGGCAUUAAAUACGCAGCAAAAGCAAUGAUCAAAGGGGGACAAGGCGGAUCUAUCAUAUGCACUUCAAGUUCCGCAGCAAUAAUGGGUGGUCUAGGGGGGCAUGGGUAUACAUCGUCGAAAGCAGCCAUAACAGGGUUGGUGAGAAGCUGCGCUUGUGAACUGGGUAAAGAGGGGAUUCGAGUGAACUGCAUAUCGCCCCAUGGGGUGCCAUCGGAAAUGCUUGUUAGUGCAUACAGGAGAUUGCUGGGGCAGGAGGAGAUGGGAGUUGAAGAAGUGAGUAAGAUUGUGGGAGAAAGAGGAAGUUUGCUGAAAGGGAGAGCUGCAACAGUGGAAGAUGUAGCGAACGCAGCAGUGUUUCUGGCAAGCGAGGAGUCCGGAUUUAUAACAGGACAUAAUUUGGUCAUCGAUGGAGGUUAUACUUCUGGUUGCAGCACCAUGAGCUUCAUCUAUCAGUAA